AUGUUGCGCCUCGGCCUGAUCCCUGAACCCUGCUUCCUUUUUGGAAGUUUCCCCGUGGCAGGCUUCCUGGCGCCAAGGCGCCUCGGGAAUUGGCAGGCGUGCGUGGCAGCAGAAAAGUUCCUCCCCCUCCCCCUCCGCCUCCGCCUCUUCCUCCCCCUGUGCCUCCUCCUCCUCCUCCUUCUCCUCCCCGUCCGCCGACACGGCGGACAGCAGAAGCGGUGGAGUGACGACAUCACAGAUUUUCUGCAGAUGGUUUUGCUUGGAAGCACACCCGGCACGUGGCUACAGAGUGCUGCAUCUUCCAAAUCCCGUGCGGACCUCGAGAGCGACGUCUUGGAGUUCACAUGCCUGUGA